UUUCUUCAACUCCCGCUUUCCACCACACAAAACCCAGGUGAACAAAAAGGGAAGAACUGGAGAAAGUAGAACAAGUCCAAAUGAUAAUAAAAGGGUUGUUCAGGAGGUAUGAGAGAUGGAAUCCUGUGCACCCAACCCACGGAGCCUUUUGGGGAAUGGGAGUGGGGAUUGGUUGUGGUGUUGGUUGGGGGCCUGGUUUUGGACCUGAGGUGAUUGGAUAUGUUGGUGCCGGAUGUGGUAUUGGAUUUAGUGUUGGUGUUACUCUAGCUGGUUUUGGCAUUGGCCUUCCUGUAUAUACUCUCAAUGAUGUCCCUAAAGUUUUAAUAGCCCCCAAAGGAAAUGCUUGGGACAUUCAAUCGCAGUUUUGGAGUUUGCAACAGAAGGCAAAUGACAGCUUUUCGUAUUUGAAGGACCUAGAUAUGUUCAAAGGGACCGAAAAGUUUGAUGUAAAAAGUGCAAUAUCUUCAAAGAGAAGGGCUAUUUCUGAAAGUUCCAGAGUAUUGAAGAAAAAUAUUUCCGAAUCUGGUAAAGAUAUCAAAGACUGAUCCUUUUGAGGCUGAACCAUGGCAAGCAAAAUCUGCAUAUGAAGAGCAUAUUGCGCUUUUGACAUCAAGUUCAAAGGUUUGUGUAUGGCGAAGCUACAUUGUAAAUCAUACCUGUCAGAUAAAACAUUCUGGUAUUAAGGAAGGAUCCUUAUAAGGCUGAGCGGUGGGCCCAGUGUUACCUAAUUCCCUAAUCACCCCACAAACCGAGAACCGAAAAAGCGAAUUAAAACAUGAAAAUGGUAUGCUUUUGGUUUAAUUUAGCAAAUUAGGUAGCGAAUUGAGAACCCAUAACCAAUCUCAUACUAGCGAAUCAGGUAACAGUGGCGUGGGGCUGUGGGCCUAUGGUAAAGAAAAAACUACAUAUGAAGAGUGUGCCGAGCUUUUGGAAUCAGCUACACAAGUUAUAGUAUGACAAAGCUACAUUGUGAAUGCCUAUCAGAUCAUCUCCAAAUCCAGUAAUCACAAUAUUCAGAAUUCGUGCCUGAUAAGGUAGUGCAGAAGUUUCAGUUUGACUGUUUUUUUUUUUUUUUUUUUUUUUUUGUAAAUUACGAGUAUCGCUGUUGCUGAAAUGGAGAGUAAGACUUUAAAAAUGUUUUGGUUAUUUUGAUAAACAAAACAUUAGUAUCCACCAAAGUGUAUAAGGGAUCUGGCAUUUUCUGAAGCUCUUGAAUUUAUACAGUACAGCUGAAAAGAACUGAAGAACAUUUGAUCAGUCUGGUAGCAAGCAGCAGCUUCAGAAGUUUAAGGAACAUAAUUUGGAGAAAGUGGGUGUGAUCAUAGCCAGCAGUAUCAUUAGAUGACCUGUUAUUUCUGAUAUCAAGUGAUGUGAAAAAGGAAAAUCAUGACUCUUGAGAAUUAAGAAGACUGAAACUCUUGGAGGGCUGGCCCGGCCCAUGGCCCGGUAGUGGUGGUGUCAUCUGUCAUGGGAAGCAGUUAUUAUAGGUAAAUUGGGUUAUAGUCUGUAGCUUUCGAGAAACUCGCCUCAAAGACGCCAUAGCUUCACUGUGCAGUUGAGGGAAAAUUAAAGAUGGCGACCCGACCCGGCACUAAAAAAGCACGGCCUGGCACGAGCACAAAGUCUUGGGCCGGGCCUGGGCGGCAGUUUUUUUGAAAAAGCACGACAAGACAAAGCACACUAAAAAUCAGGCGUAGUCACCACGGCCCGGCGUGGCCCGACCCGACCCGACAACCCGUAGGCAUGGGCCCUGUUUUGAACUUUUCAGCCUGGUUCACCCUGUCACGGUGGAGAGUGGGCCUAACACGGGCCCAGUUCAAUUAGGCCCACAUCCAGUGGGCUUGGCCCGAAGCCCAACACGGCCAUCUUUAGUUGAGGCUAGCUAUGCUCAAGGAUUUUCUGGGUAUAGAAGGCAACGGAAGGUGGGUGUUGGAUACGGGAAAAAUCAUUGUGCAGUUUUGACAACUGAUGGAAUUGUGACAACAAUAUCACCAAGGAGAAAAGGCCAUAACUGGUGAAAAGUUGUGUGUUGAUGUGGCAAACGUAGUGUCUUUCUUCAACAUUCAGUGGUCACCACCUGAAUCUGACUACUGUUGUUGCCUGUUGGCGCUAGUAAAUACUCUGUGGUACGACCGUACGAGUUAUAAUACAAGUUGGUAAACCAACAUGGCUGCAUUUAGGAUUUUAGGGUCAUUUCCUCUGUUACAUGGACUCUUUUUAUUUUACUUGAAAUACUGAGUCAGAUUCUCGACACUUUGACACCUAAUUUUGGACCAAAAUUAUGCAAUUUUUUUCGCGGG